AUGGAUAAUUGGAUAGGAAUGAAGCCGUUCAAAGACUGGUUCCCUGAUUUAUUCAAGAUUGCAAAGAAUAAACAAGCUCUUGUGGCAGAUUUUGCUAUAAAACUACCAAACGAAGUGCGGUGGAAUAUAGACUGGAUGAGACCUCCAAACAAUGAUGCUGAAUGGCUACAAUGGUCGGGUAUGCUAAAUGAGUUAAACAAAAUAAAAUUCCUUACAGGUAAAGACCGAUGGGGUUGGGUGAAUGAGAAAUGGGACGAGUUCUCAGUGGCGACUGUAAAGGAGCAUAUAAACAAACAAACGGUGAAUGAACAGGAAGAGAGAUGGAAACAUUGGAUUACAUGGUUACCUGCAAAAGUUAAUUACUUCACUUGGAGGAUGGCAUUAGGAAGGAUCCCGGUUAAAAUAGAACUGAGAAGAAGAGGAGUUGAGUUAGAUAACAACCUAUGCUCUAGAUGCGGAUCAGUUGAAGAAUCGACAUGUCACCUCAUUUGUCACACCCUGACUUUUGUGGAAGCGUAUGCGUGUGACUUAAUCGAUGAAGAAAGCGAUGAUGACAGUGAAAUGAUUCGAAAACUUGAAAAUUAUCAAAGAGAACUAUCACCUGAAAGUUUCAAAUUUUAUUUUGCAGAUAAAUUGGAAAAGCUAAAAGAAAGACUAGCUGAAAGAGAGAAGAAUCAUAAAGCAGCAACUGUUGAAGAGAAAGUCAAACCUGAAGAAAAUAUUAAAGUGGUAAAGCAGCAGGUUGAAGAAAUUCCAGCUAUCAAGGAUGAGAAGGAAGCUGAAGCUGAAACGAUGUCUGAGAAGUGCUCAAAAUGUGAUAAAUCUGGAUGA